AUGGCUUUUCGACUGGUGCUGGUCUUGGGCGACCUCUUCAUACCAGAAAGGGCCUCCGACAUUCCCGCAAAGUUCAAGAAGCUCCUCGCACCAGGCAAGAUUGGCCAAAUCCUCUGUCUAGGCAACAUCACCGACCGCGACACCUACGACUUCCUGCGCGCCAUCGCCCCAGAUCUCCAGAUCGUCAAGGGCGACUUCGACGUCGAGGCCCCCAACCUCGCCCUAUCCAAGGUCGUCACCCACGGCUCGCUACGCAUAGGUUUCACACACGGCCACACAAUCAUACCACCGGGCGAUGGCGACAGUCUCCUCAUCGCCGCGCGGCAAAUGGAUGUCGACGUCCUGCUCUGGGGCGGCACGCACAGAUUCGAGGCCUAUGAGAUGGAGGGCAAAUUCUUUGUGAAUCCGGGGAGUGCAACUGGUGCCAUGACGACGAGCUGGUGGACAGAGGACGAGGAUCCCACACCCAGCUUCGUACUAAUGGAUGUCCAAGGCGACGUGCUCGUACUAUACGUCUACCAGCUCCGCAAAGACGCACAAGGCAACGAAAACGUAGCCGUGGAAAAAGUAAGCUUCCGGAAAAAUGGGGGCGGCGCUUCAUAA